AUGUUAGAUCCGUCUUCCAGCGAGGAGGAAGGGGAUGAGAUCCCGGAGGUGGAGCGCAAAGAGGUGGCGGCCCCGAAGAUCGUCAAGGGCGCGCGGCCGUCACCAAGCGGAGCCAGCGACGCUCAUAGCGGCGGAGGGGCGCUCCAGCCCCGCGGCCGAGUGAGCGCCGGUGGCCGAGCAUCGAGCCCCAGCCCCUCUGUGGGCAGCGACAAGGAGAAGGAGGACCUUGAGAAGAUGCAGAGGGACGAAGAGGAGAGGAAGAAGAGACUCCAGCUGUACGUGUUUGUCAUGCGGUGUAUUGCAUAUCCCUUUAACGCCAAGCAGCCUACUGACAUGGCGAGAAGACAACAGAAGAUCAGUAAGCAGCAGCUGCAGACAGUCAAAGAGCGUUUCCAGGCAUUCCUCAAUGGAGAAACCCAGAUUGUAGCAGAUGAGGCAUUCGUCAACGCCGUCCAGAGCUACUAUGAGGUUUUCCUGAAAAGUGACAGAGUAUGUCGGAUGGUGCAGAGCGGGGGAUGCUCAGCCAGUGACUCUCGGGAGGUGUUUAAGAAGCACAUCGAGAAGCGUGUGCGCAGUUUGCCAGAGAUUGAUGGCCUGAGCAAAGAGACUGUACUCAGCUCAUGGAUUGCUAAGUUUGACACCAUCUAUCGUGGGGAGGAGGACCCAAGGAAACACCAGCAGAGACUGACUGCCAGCGCCGCCUCUGAACUCAUCCUCAGCAAAGACCAGCUGUAUGAGAUGUUUCAGCAGAUUCUGGGCAUCAAGAAGUUUGAGCACCAACUCCUCUAUAAUGCUUGCCAGCUGGACAACCCUGAUGAACAGGCAGCCCAGAUCAGAAGAGAACUGGAUGGAAGGUUACAAAUGGCAGACCAGAUCGCCCGUCUCGGCGGAAGAUUCCCUAGGUUUGCGUCCAGAGAGAUGGAGUCCUUGUUCAUCGAAGAGAUGCGCUCAUCUGUCAACUUGCUGAUGGCCAACCUGGAGAGCAUGCCGGUGUCCAAAGGAGGAGAGUUUAAACUGCAGAAGCUGAAGCGAGGUCACAACACAUCUAUAAUAGACAUGGGCCAGGAGGACGAGAACACCCUAUCCAAAUCCGACGUGGUGUUGUCCUUCACCUUGGAGGUGGUCAUCAUGGAGGUGCACGGUCUUAAGUCACUAGCUCCAAACAGAAUAGUUUACUGCACCAUGGAAGUAGAAGGAGGACACAAACUGCAGACGGACCAGGCUGAGGCAUCUAAACCCACUUGGGGAACCCAGGGGGACUUCACAACUACACAGCCCUUACCUGCCGUUAAAGUGAAGCUCUUCACUGAAAGCACUGGAGUGUUGGCGCUGGAGGAUAAGGAGCUUGGAAGGGUUGUGCUUCAUCCGACGCCAAACAGUCCCAAGCAGUCGGAGCUGCAUAAGAUGUCCGUUUCAAAAGGCUGCCCAGACAAUGACCUCAAGAUCAAAUUGGCUAUUCGCAUGGACAAACCCCAGAACAUGAAACAUUGUGGGUACUUGUUUGCUAUUGGCAAAAAUGUGUGGAAAAGAUGGAAGAAACGAUUCUUUGUACUCGUUCAGGUGAGUCAGUACACGUUUGCGAUGUGCAGCUACCGAGAAAAGAAGGCAGAGCCGGUGGAACUUCUCCAACUGGAUGGCUAUACUGUGGACUACACAGACCCACAAGCAGGACUGGAUGGUGGUCGGGCAUUCUUCAAUGCCGUGAAAGAGGGCGAUACUGUCAUCUUUGCCAGUGAUGAUGAGCAGGACCGAAUUCUAUGGGUGCAGGCCAUGUAUCGGGCCACCGGCCAAUCACACAAGCCCGUUCCUCCCACCCAAGUCCAGAAACUCAACUCUCGAGGGGGCACAGUGCCACAGCUCGAUGCACCAAUAUCUCAGUUCUACGCUGAUCGAGCUCAGAAACACGGCAUGGAUGAGUUUAUUUCUGCUAAUCCUUGUAACUUCGACCAUGGUUCCCUCUUUGAACUCGUCCAACGCCUGACUUUGGAUCACAGACUAAACGACUCUUACUCCUGUCUGGGCUGGUUCAGUCCCGGUCAGGUGUUUGUUUUGGACGAGUACUGCGCUCGUUAUGGCGUUCGAGGCUGUCAUCGUCACCUGUGUUACCUGAGUGACCUUCUGGAGAGGGCAGAGAAUGGAGCUAUGAUUGACCCGACCCUCCUGCACUACAGCUUUGCCUUUUGUGCCUCCCACGUCCAUGGAAAUAGGCCUGAUGGUAUUGGUACUGUAACAACUGAGGAGAAGGAUCGCUUUAACGAAAUCAAGGAAAGACUUCGAGUGCUUCUGGAAAACCAGAUUACACAUUUCAGGUACUGUUUUCCAUUUGGACGCCCGGAGGGUGCACUGAAGGCGACACUAUCCUUGCUUGAAAGAGUUCUGAUGAAAGAUGUUGUCACUCCGGUCCCACAAGAAGAAGUGAAAGCUGUGAUCCGUAAGUGUCUGGACCAAGCAGCUUUGGUCAAUUACCAGCGCCUGUCAGAGUACGCCAAACUAGAAGGGAAAAAGAGAGAGAUGUACGAGCAUCCCGUCUUCUGCUUGGCGUCUCAGGUGAUGGAUUUAACCAUUCAGAAUGUCGGCCGAUUAGUCACUCCUGCAAAAAAACUAGAGGACAACAUUCGCUUGGCCGAGCUGGUGAUCGAGGUGCUGCAGCAGAAUGAGGAACACCAUGCAGAGGCAUUUGCAUGGUGGUCAGACCUGAUGGUGGAACACGCUGAAACCUUCUUGUGUCUUUACUCGGCUGACAUGGACGCAGCUCUUGAAGUUCAGCCUCCAGACAGCUGGGACAGUUUCCCUCUCUUUCAGCUGCUCAAUGACUUCCUGAGGACGGACUAUAACCUCUGCAAUGGGAAGUUCCACAAACACCUGCAAGACCUGUAUGCCCCCCUGGUGGUCCGCUAUGUGGAUCUGAUGGAAUCCUCCAUUGCUCAGUCUAUUCAUAGAGGCUUUGAAAGGGAAUCAUGGGAACCUGUCAACAACGGCUCGGGAACAUCAGAGGAUCUCUUUUGGAAGUUGGAUGCUCUGCAGACGUUCAUCCGAGAUCUUCAUUGGCCAGAAGAGGAGUUUGGCAAACACUUAGAGACUCGACUGAAACUCAUGUCCAGUGACAUGAUUGAAUCCUGCAUAAAAAGAACUCGUGCAGCAUUUGAGGCUAAGCUUCAGAGGAGCAGUCGGGCUACAGACUUUCGAGUGCCGCAGUCGAUCUGCACCAUGUUCAACGUAAUGGUGGAUGCCAAAGCUCAGUCUGCCAAGCUGUGUGCCAUGGACCUGGAUCAAGAGAGACAAUAUCAUUCCCAAAUUGACAAUCUCAUUGAGGACACAGUGAAGGAGAUGAUAACCCUACUGGUUGCAAAGUUUGUGGUCAUUCUGGAAAGUGUUUUAGCGAAGCUCUCCAGAUACGAUGAAGGAACACUAUUCUCCUCUUUUCUUUCUUUCACAGUGAAAGCGGCCUCAAAGUAUGUGGACGUGCCUAAGCCUGGGAUGGAUGUAGCUGACGGUUAUGUGACGUGUGUGCGUCACUCCCAGGACAUGCUGCGGGAGAAGGUCAAUGAGGAGGUCUACAUUGAAAGAUUGUUUGAUCAAUGGUACACCAGCACCAUGAACCUUCUGGGCACGUGGCUCACCGACCGCAUGGACCUGCAGCUGCACGUCUACCAGUUGAAGAUUCUCAUCAGAGUUGUCAAGAAAAAGUACCGUGACUUCCGCCUUCAAGGGGUCCUGGACUCCACGUUAAACAGUAAGAUGUAUGAAACCGUCAGAAAUCGUCUAACCUUGGAAGAAGCCACUGCCUCUGUGAGAGAGGGAGGGAUGCAAGGCAUUUCCAUGAAAGACAGCGACGAAGAAGGCACCGAUAACUGAAUCGAGAAUGUCAAAGCAGUUCAGCGAUAUCACUGCCUGAAAAAUAUUUUUCUUUUCUGUCCUUGUAAGAUGUUCAUGUUUAUGUCACAAUGAACACUAAGGGAAUGUAUUUUGUGUUUUAGAGCACUCCGAAUAAGCAGAAUAUCAGAAAUCUUCAUAGUCGUAAGAAUUAGUGGGGUUAGUAUGGUGGAUUCGAUAUCAGCAAAAAAACUAAUAUGGAAGUAAAUGGACUUGCAUGUACAAUGUGUGAUAUCAUGUCCGAUACAAGCAGUCCCUCAGCGUGUUUACUUGUGCAGAGCUGGACAGACAGUUAACAUCUAAACGUCCUCCAAUAAGCACACAAGGUUGGUCUUUUCUUCUAUUUUAGUCAAGUCAUUUACAAAAGGUAAACAUGGUAGGUUAGAGGCUACUCGGAGCUUGCAGCUACACAACAGCCAAGCAUACAAGAGCACACAAGCCAGACGUGAAUAAUGUAUCCUUUGUUGAACAAUAUUGCAGGCUAAAAGAGCACAUUUGUCAAUACAAACACGUAUCAAAUAUCAUUGCAUAUUAGCUACACAUACAAAGUCUCCAAGGCAGAAGCAAAUUAGAAAGUAUCCAGUAACAAACGUGUUUGCAUAAUUCAACUUACUGCGGUUUGAGUUUCACUUAAUUGUGGCCACUAGGUGUCGCUAAAUACAGCAUAAGUUCAUUCCAGAUGGUUAAUAAUAGAUAGGUUAGUGUUUUUCUUACCUACCAUUGUUCUCUGUUUGACUAAUUUCAUUUAAUCAAACCUUUUCUAACCUUCCACACUACAAAACAAUACAAGUAUGUAUGAUUUGCGCUGAUAUUGUAGCGGAUCAAUACCGGUAUUGGCCAUUACUAAAGGCUCCAAUAUUGGUAUUGUAUCAGAAUAGGGACACUCCUAAUAAGAAUCGUGGUUAAAAGUGCGGACGACUUUAACAUGAGAAAAGUCGAAGUUUAAGAACAACUGAGAAGAAGAUGUUUUUUUCUGUGUAUUUCAACUUCCAAAUGUUCUCAUGCAAUAUGUUUGACGUUUCAGGAGCUCAGACGGUACGGACUGAGCAGCUAAUGCAUGUUGUGUUUACUGAAGGAGUGAGCAUCGCCUCCAUGUUUUGUUUUUGUUUUUGCUGUUAGGGGUCCUCAUCAUUUUGAAACCACCUAAAGUUGUCCUCCCAGACCAGACGAGAUGGCUCACGUUCGUUGGUGUUGUUGUUGCUAAUGAGCUUGUAAGCUGCCAUGUUUGUAACUGCUGACACUGUCACUCUUUCACAGCCAUUCGUACCGCGCUGCACCGCGGCUCGAUUCCUCCUCCCUGCGCUGCUCUGCCCUCACACAGCGUUUGUGCUUGAUCUGCCCGUUUGCUUGUGCCCUCGCUUGUACAAUUCUCCAAAAUGCACUCAUUAUUCCAAGUCACUUUGUCUGUUUUUGUUGCGCCACUUUUUUCAACACAAUCGCGAAAGUGGACAGUUGGCAAGGAGCGUUCGCGUUCCAGUAGGGAUGACCGAUUUUUAGGUAUCAAUCCAAUACAGAGUAAAUACAGGGCGAAUACCGAUACUUUUGACUUGAAACGUCACCGUCAUUAAAUCAUUUUGUGUUGAGUUGGUUGAUUAUGGUUAUGACAACACUGGAAACAUGUUAUGCAAAUCAAAUGUUUGGUAACACUUUAGUAUUGGGAACAUAUUCUAAGUAACAAAGACUUAAUUUAGAGUUAUUUGGUUAGGGUUAAGGUUAGGGUUAAACGGUUAGGGUUGGAGGGUUAGGACUAGAGGGUUAGGAUCAGGGUUAGGGUUAGAGGGUUAGGGUUGGAGGGUUAGGACUAGAGGGUUAGGGUUGGAGGGUUAGGAUUAGGGUUAGGGUUAGAGCAGUGGUUCUUAACCUGGGUUCGAUCGAACCCUAGGGGUUCGGUGAGUCGGCCUCAGGGGUUCGGCGAGUCGGCCUCAGGAGUUCGGCAGAGGUCAAAACACACCCGACUCCUCGUGUAAAUAAAAACUUCUCCCUAUCGGCGUAUUACGGAUACGACAACAGCAGAAGUCACACUGAUUUGCAGGUGUAUAAUUUGUUGUGAGUUUAUGCACUGUGUUGCUUUUGUUCUUUGAACAAGUUGAUGUUCAUGCACGGUUCAUUUUGUGCACCAGUAAAAAAACAUGGUAACACUUUAGUAUGGGGAACAUAUUCACCAUUAAUUAGUUGCUUAUUAACAUGCAAAUUAGUAACAUAUUGGCUCUUAACUAGUCAUUAUUAAGUACUUAUUAAUGCCUUAUUCGGCAUGGCCUUAUUAUAACCCUAACCCUCUAACCCUGGCCCUAACCCACUAACCCUAACCCUAACCCUAACCAAAUAACUCUAAAUUAAGUCGUUGUUACUUAGAAUAUGUUCUCCUAGAGUCCAAAAAACUCUGAAAUUAAGUCUUUGUUACUUAGAAUAUGUUCCCUAUACUAAAGUGUUACCAAAAACAUAACUUUGUCUUGAAUUUGAAAAAAAAAAAAACAUUUUAUUUUUCACUAAAGAAGGGUUCGGUGAAUGCGCAUAUGAAACUGGUGGAGUUCGGUACCUCCAACAAGGUUAAGAACCACUGGGUUAGAGGGUUAGGGUUAUAAUAAGACCAUGCAGAAUAAUUAAGUACUUAAUAAUGACUAAUUAAGAGCCAAUAUGUUACUAAUUUGCAUGUUAAUAAGCAACUAAUUAAUGGUGAAUAUGUGUUCCCCAUACUAAAGUGUUACCAAAUGAGUUUAAAAAAAAAAAAAUUAAAUCCUUUAUAAAACAGGGUAAUAUUAAUAAUUCCCUUAUUCUAUACUACACACAGUUGAUGGAGGAAAAAGGUCAAUAUUGCAAAAAGAAAAGUAAGAAAAAUGUCAAAUAAUUAUUUGCGGAAAAAGAACACCAGUAGAGCAGGGAGGGUAAGGGAGUGGGCAGCACACUCUUGGGAUUCUCUCGAUGAGCUUCAAGAGGUAGUCACCCGAAAUGGUUUUCACUUCACAGGUGUGCUUGAAGCUCAUCGAGAGAAUGCCAAGAGUGUACAAAGCAGUAAUCAGAGCAAAGGGUGGCUAUUUUGAAGAAACUAGAAUAGAAAACGUGUUUUCGGUUAUUUCACCUUUUUUUGUUAAGUACAUAACUCUGCAUGUGUCCAUUCAUAGUU